AUGAAACCAUUCUUAGAAACAGCACUUGCAAGUAUAAUUGCUGGAUUUAUGGUUGAUAUUAUACUAUUUCCUUUGGAUACAAUGAAAACAUGGACCCAGGAAGAAAAAAAGAAUAUGAAUAAAAAUGAAUAUAAGGUUUUUAAACAGGGAAUGAAAAGAAAUAUUUAUAGUGGUCUUGGAGGAAUGAUCAUGGGGAGUAUACCAUCAUCAUUUGUUUUUUUUACAAUUUAUGAAACAACAAGAAGUAUUUUGAUUGAAGAUGAAUAUAAAAAGAUAAUAAAUAAAACAUGGAAUAUUGAAAAAGAUGUAUUACUAAAUAAAAAUGAAUCAAAAAUGAGUGACUUAAUGGAUAGAAGGUCUAUGAUUUUAAGUUGUUCAUUUGCUGCAUGUUUAAGUGAAUUAGCAGCUUGUAUUGUACGUAUGCCUAGCGAAGUAAUUAAGCAACGUACACAAGCAGGUCAAUAUAGCUCAUCAUGGGAAGCUUUUGUAGAUAUUUUUCCUGGAAAGAAGAAUCAAAGAUAUGGAGGGCUAUAUUGUGGAUUUGUAAGUACAAUUAUAAGAGAUAUACCUUUUUCAGUUCUUCAAUUUCCUUUAUGGGAGAUUCUUAAGCAAAAAAUGUCAGAAAAUUCUAAUAUAAAAAUAUUAUCAAAUAUAUCUAUUCCAUUUUUAGGAGAGACAACACUUUCUAGUACUCUUCAAUCAGCCAUAAGCGGUUCAAUUGCUAGCAGCAUAGCAGCUGCGCUAACUACACCAUUAGAUGUAGUUAAGACAAGAACUAUUCUCAGCCAAACAAAACCUAAUUGGAUUAAUUGUGCUACUCGUAUAGUUAAAGAAGAAGGCAUACGUGCAUUAUUUAAAGGGAUUAUAUUUAGAAUUACAUGGAUAAGUAUGGGAGGUGCACUUUUUCUUGGAACAUAUGAUGGAGUACACGGAUUAAUUAGUAAUUUAUCAAAUCAAGAUUUUAAACAAAAUUUUUAG